UACGCACUCUGUCCCUCCUUUACUCAAAUCUCUGCAUUUUCAUAGCUAUCUCCCAUUGAAUCGCAUUCAUCUCCAUCUUCACUUGCACAAAAGUUUUCCCUCAUUUUCCUUUAUUUUCUCUUCCUCCAAUCACCUCUUCUUCUCAGAGGAGGACACCAGGAGAAAACAAUUGUUUCAUUUUGUAAAGAUCUAGGGUUGCAUAGCCUUCCUAGACCUCCAAAUCUGAGUUUCUUGAUCGUGUUUCUGUAGACAUAUAUCAAAUUUAAAUUAAUCUAAUCUCUGUAAAUCCGUUGAAAAGUGAAAACUGAAAAGUUUAGAGAGGUCUGUUUUGGAAGCUGGGGUUCGGCGAUCCUUAUGUUUGGCCUGUUUCGAUUUGAUAUAAAUUAUGGAUACUGUUGGCGAUGUGGCGAUGCUGGAUGCAGAGUUGUUGCAGCUGCCGGAGGUGGCUCCUUUGGCCUUCAAAUCGUACCCGGACUUUGCACAGAAGCUCUUCGAGCAGUGGCUCGCGCUCCCUGACGCUAACCGGCUGGUGACAUCGUUGCUUAAUGAUGCUAAGGCAGGGGCUCCCUUGAAUGUCUCUGGAAAUUCUUCUAAUGCAACUGCUACCACAAGCAGUUCUUUACCUUCCAUGUUCCCUGGAGGAAGUACUCCCCCUCUUUCUCCCAGAAGUACAUCUGGUUCCCCUCGUAUAAUGAAACAGAGAGCUGGCCCUUCUAAUUUAGGUUCCCCUCUAAAAGUAGUCAGUGAGCCGGUAAAGGAGUUGAUACCUCAGUUUUACUUUCAAAAUGGCCGUCCAGCUCCAAGUGAACUAAAGGAACAAUGUUUGUUAAGGAUCAAUCACUUUUUCUAUGGCCGCUCAGAUGGGCUACAAUUGCAUGAAUUCAAAUCUGUCACCAAGGAAAUUUGCAAGCUGCCCUCAUUCUUCUCCACUGUUCUUUUUAGAAGGAUUGAUGUUAAUGGCACUGGUUUUGUGACAAGGGAUGCCUUUGUUAAUUGUUGGCUAAACGGCAGCAUGCUGACGAUGGAUACAGCGACUCAAAUGUUUAAAAUUCUAAAGCAACCAGAUCUCAAAUACCUCACUCAGGAAGACUUCAAACCUGUGCUUCGAGAACUUUUGGCAACUCAUCCAGGGUUGGAAUUCUUACAGAGCACACCAGAGUUUCAGGAAAGAUAUGCUGAAACUGUAAUAUACAGAAUAUUUUACUACAUAAAUAGAUCUGGAAAUGGUCAUCUUACCCUCAGGGAGCUGAAACGUGGAAACUUGAUUGAUGCAAUGCAGCAUGCAGAUGAAGAAGAGGACAUAAAUAAGGUUUUGAGGUACUUUUCUUAUGAACAUUUUUAUGUGAUAUACUGCAAGUUUUGGGAACUGGACAUGGAUCAUGAUUUUCUGAUCGACAAAGAGAACCUGAUCAGAUAUGGUAACCAUGCACUUACAUACCGGAUUGUUGAUAGGAUAUUUUCCCAGGUUCCAAGAAAGUUUACUAGCAAGGUUGAGGGGAAGAUGGGAUAUGAAGAUUUUGUCUACUUCAUACUGUCAGAGGAGGACAAGUCGUCUGAACCUAGUCUUGAGUACUGGUUCAAGUGCAUAGAUUUGGAUGGAAAUGGAGUUCUGACACGAAAUGAAAUGCAAUUCUUUUAUGAAGAGCAGUUGCAUCGAAUGGAAUGCAUGGCCCAAGAGCCUGUGCUGUUUGAAGAUAUAUUAUGCCAGAUAAUUGACAUGAUUGGACCAGAGAACGAGAGCUAUAUCACAUUAAGUGAUUUAAAAGGUUGUAAACUUUCAGGAAGUGUGUUCAAUAUCCUUUUCAACCUUAACAAGUUUAUGGCCUUCGAAACCCGUGAUCCAUUUCUGAUUCGUCAGGAACGUGAGAAUCCAACAUUGACAGAGUGGGAUCGCUUUGCACAUAGGGAGUAUAUUAGGCUGUCAAUGGAGGAAGACGUUGAAGAUGCAUCUAAUGGAAGUGCAGAAGUCUGGGAUGAAUCACUUGAGGCUCCAUUUUGAGGUUCAUUAGGUUCUUGCAUGAGCGCUCCAAAUUCUUCUACAGAGAUUUAAGGGAACAGUAGACUCAAAGGAUAUUCUUUCCAUGGGAUGUGGCAGCUGUGACCUGUGAACAUUUUUAUGGGAAAGUCCAAGCUUUCUGGGGUGGAAAUGUAUCUUUACCAAUUGCCAGCCUACAAAUUAUCAAAGCCUUUGUGUGCUUACUGACAAACAAUGAGGAACAUUGCAGUGGAAGUGCUGAUUCAUGAUGCUGAAGUUACUGGAAAGGAGAGGUAGUUCCCCAGAGGUGAGAUUUUGAUUAUCCAGGUUGGAGUAGCUCAAACAUUUACUACAUUUUUUAUUUAUCAAUUUGUAAGAUAUAAAUAUAUUGUCAAGGUCUUUCCCCUUUUAAUUUAGAAGUUGGUUCUUUUGAUGCUUUUUGUCUUUACGGUAACAACUUGGGUGCUGGUUAGGCUUUGUUAUCAAUUUUUUGGAUUGUCAUAUAUCAAUUUCUGCGUUUAUAGGGCUCUCCCCUUCA